AUGACUGUAUUUAUGUUCUACAUCACACUCCAUUUGCCAAAAAUUGAGCUUGGUUCAAAUUACUGAGUCUGACAAUGUCUAUACAGUAUUGUCGCAGCUGAUAGCUAGAUCAUCUUGUCGCCGUCGUCUAUCACCAUCUCCCAGCUCCCACCACAGCAAUGUCUAGCUUAUCAUCUACAUCUUUAGAAGACGCCCGGCCCUCUCCUCCUGCAUAUGCACCACGAGCCCAAGCUUGCGUUCGGUGCCAUCUCAGAAAACGAAAGUGUAAUCGAGCUCUUCCAAGAUGUGGUGCAUGUGAGAGAGCAAACGCCGAGUGCCAAGUAUAUAACAAAAACCACGAUCAGGGUCUCAUCGAGGAGAUCCGCUCUCUCAAGAAUCGGAUAGCAUGGCUCGAGGACAUUGUCAUAAAGGUUGAUCCUCAAUGGGCAGACAUAGUGACUAUACCGACGGGGCAAGCUUUGCCCGCACGGGGACAAUAUCAUCCCCAGCCGCCCUCUGUUCCUCCCUUAUCAGAAACCGACGAUCAGGCAUCCUUCCUUUGCCAAAGCCGUCAAAAGUCAACAAUAUCUUCCAUCCCCAACGUCUUUUCCCAUGUCGUCCGUCACACACCACUGAAUCACUGUUAUCCGGAGACAUUCCUGUAUAUGACGCCAUUGCCGUUACAGACUAUUGAUGACCACUUGCGAGUGGACCUCUCGACGUUCAACUCGAUACAAGUUACCCCUGCCCCAGAGACCCCUUUCAGUACGAGAGUCCAGUCACUCAACAUACUGUCCUUUGAAGACGCAAUAGAGCUUGUCAAGCGCUACACUGGAGAUCACAAGUUCUCGCAUCAAGUGACCAGUUUUCAGCAACUAGAACAUGAUGCCAAGCUUGUGUACUCGGAGGAAGGUCUAUCCAAUUCCGAUUACUAUGCCAGUCGUUUCAGGCUUUUCAUUGUUGUCUAUCUAUCGGGCAUCCUUGGAUACAAGAAGACUGAUCUCACAGCUUGGAGACGGUACAGAAAAAUGGCGAUGAUGGAGAUACCCCACAUUCUGGUUCAUGAAGAUCUGACUUGCGUCCAAGCUCUCACACUUCUUGCAUCGGUAGCGAUAUAUGAGUCGGAUCUGAAUGUUUGGCGCAUCCUUGGCAUGGCUUCCCACACAGCUAUAGCUAUCAACCUGCAUCGUAAAGACGAGAUAUUCCUGCCGCCAUAUCUAGUCACAAUGGACCCACCCACCGUUGAGCGGUUCAACGAGCAACGGAAAAACAUCUUUUGGACAUUAUAUGUCCUAGAUCGUCUAGUGCUGUCUUGCUUUGGAUAUCCUCCAUCUAUACGGGAUGAUGAUAUCGAUAUUGACCAUCCUAUUUGCCCGCCCACCACCGGCCCGAGCCCAUCGUCUGAGCUGUGCCAUGCCAUCAUUGGUAGGCGACUUUUGGGUCAAAUCCAUGAAUCACUGUACUCUCCGUCUGUACGGCCUAAUGAGAAUGGCGAGCAGAUAGUAGCCAAUUUCGUCAACCAAGUUCAGCUAUGGUAUUGUGCAAGCCCACUGAAGGCGGCGUUUGUUCGUCUUUCGGAUAGCGUCAUCAAGCGCCAGUGCUUGGACGAUAUGUUCUACCAUGACAUGAUGAUCACGCUCCACCAGCCGUCAUCCCUUCUCCCGCGCGUAUCUUCAGCUUAUAUCGACACCCUUUACCAAUCUGCCUGUAUUUCACUAGAUCUAUAUGCCCAUUAUACAUCAGAAGAUCAUGUAAUCCGCCACUGGAUCCAUCUCCACAGAGUUUUCAAGACCUGUAUUGUCUUGAUUUACUGCUGGAUUGAGCAGCGCUCUCAAGUGGAGUUGGAAGAGGCGACACUCGAAGAUAUAUUGAGGAGGGUCCAUCUGUGUCAAGAAGUGCUUGGUCGAUUCAGUGCGUGUCCACAGGCAGAGACUUUGGCUAUGACAUUCAACACCCUUGUAUCUCCUUUCGUAGAAGGAGCAGGCGGUGCACAAAGCAUAGAUCAGAACUUGUUCAUUAUGCAUUGAGCAUAUCAUAUCUUCUCUCUUAUCC